AUGUCGAGAACUGCUGACAUCGUGGUUUUGCCAUCGAAUUUGAAAUUCUGUCGCCUCACUUGGGAAUCGUCUGGGGAUAUUAUACAAAAGGUGGCGAGCUAUGAAGCGGUGCACCGAGUGCAUGGGCUGGUUGAUAUAAGACGACGACUUGGACUACAUAGAAGAUGUUUCUACUUCCUUCAUGAAGCCUUACCAAGAGAGUCGCUGGUAAUCGUUCACGUUGCUCUUACCGAUCAAAUUGCAUCAAAUGUACAAAAUAUCACAAAAGACGAGGAUCUGAACUACCCGGAGGCUAAUGAUAGUACGGCUAUUUAUUACUCGAUCACUUCGACGCAAAAAAGCUUGUCCGGUGUUGAUCUUGGAAAUCUUCUGAUAAAAAGUGUGGCUGCUCAAAUUUCGAGAGAGGAACCACAAAUCAACACUCAUGCAACACUUUCACCGAUUCCCGGCUUUCGUUCAUGGCUUUUGCGAGCUUUAAAAGAACCGCAGAAUUUUGGAAAUGUUAUCAGCGACUUUUGCCUUGAACAUCUUACUUCAAUCACCAAGCAGAAAGUUGACCCAGCGCAGGCUAGAAAACUUUUGUUGAACUUGUUGUGCAAUGAACGCAUUGAGUUGGAGAAGAUUGAAAUAGUGAAGCCGAUACUACAGCGAUUAUGUGCUCAAUAUUUAUGCGUGGAAAAGCGGAAUGGCUAUGCGUUAAAUCCAGUUACGAACUUUCACUUGCGAAAUGGUGCCGAAGUCUUUCGAGUGAAUUGGCGAGGUGAUACGAGUGCCCGUGGUCUCUACAACAGUUUUGGUCUUAUGGUUAAUUACAGAUAUGUACUGGAAAAUGUGAAUACGAAUUCGUCAAAUUAUGUGAAUAAAAAAGUUGUCGCUAUUGAUUCGCAAGUUAAAAAUUUAUUAUUUGAUCCAAUGGAUUUUGCUGGACAAAAUGUGUGGAAUGACUACACAUGCGAUCAGGGUAAUUGGGAAAAUUUCUCUUCCAAUGAUUUUCCCCUUGCAAAUCAGUGGCGAGCACCAAGACCGGUGAAGGUCGCUCAGCGGAAGGCACCACCAACUGUCGGCGCUGAUGGAUUAACAAAAGCGGAAAGAAGACAGAAAAAUCGUGAAGCUGCGGAGGCGGCUCGGGCAGCAAAAGUUGAGCGCAAGUUGGCUAACAUCAGAAGACAAGAGGAAACGAAGAAACUUCAGACUGAGAAAAAGAAUCAAAAGGCUCAAAAGGAGUGCGAUCGAUCGAUGCAACAGCUUAAUAGGCGAGAAACGCGAAAGUGC